UAACGAAGGAGUUAGCAGUGUGAGCCAAAGCAGAAACGUUUGAAAUCUUUCUAGCCGCCGAGCAUCAUGUUCAGUUUUAGUGAUGGUCAAUGAUGAGAUCGAUGAACGGGUUCCUUUACAGAAGUUAGCGUGACAAAUGGCACUUGCUCUGCUUCCACUCCCUUGUUAAAGCAUCUCCUGACUCUCCCAUCAAUCAGUUACAAAUCAUGUGGGCGGCUUGCUAUCCUAGCGGGCACCGACCACUUGCUGGUUUUAAUCACCAGAAGCUCCAGUCCAGCUUACGGUGCAGGGGCCGAAAAUCGGUACUCCUCGGUCGGCGCUCCGAACUGAAGAGUUGAAGAUGUAUGAGUAGUCCCCUAUAAUAGUGAGCAGCUGUAGACAGCCGCACCUGCAUUGCCAGUUUAAAUGUCGAAGAUUAGGACGUAUAAAUGACAAGAUAGCACGCUUUAUUGUUCCGAUGAGCACUCAAACUCCGGCGCCGGAAGAUUGUAUCUGCUAUGGACUGGGAUCACCACGUUUGUUUGGGAUGGAGAAUCUCUGGGUCAAGUUUUGGUCAAUCUCUGGUGUAAAACCCGAGAUGAAGUCUCCUCCAUUAGUCGUAGCAAGCAGCUUUCUUUAACUGAGCAGAAUUUCACUUGUCAGCACAAAAGCAGAACCCAAGACAUUGACGAUUUCUGGUUGCUCCUUCAAGGCUGGUGGAUCGUGAUGGGGAAGCCAAUGGGCAUUGGAGUCUUGUUGGUGAUAUUAGUAUUCGGUGUGGUAGCCAAGGUAGAUUUUAAGUCCAGAAUACUAUUGGACUUCGCCUUCAGUUCAAGUCUUUUGAUGCAGGCCCUACUUCUGGGUGUGUUCAUUGUGAUCGUAGUUAGCUUAAGAAGGGAGGGCCGUAACAUGAAUCUUCCACCAUGCCCAGCUGCAUUUCCCAUCGUCGGAAAUUGGUUGCAGGUUGGUAACGAUUUAAAGCAUAGGAAGUUGGCGGAAAUGGCUCAAAAAUACGGUGACGUCUUCAUGCUCAGAAUGGGUAGGAGGAGAUUCGUGGUCGUCUCGUCUCCUGAAGCUGCCAAGGAGGUUCUUCACACUCAUGGUGUUGAAUUUGCAUCUCGGACCCGCAAUGCUGUCUACGACGUUUUUGCAGGGAAAGGCCAAGACAUAGUCUUUACCAACUAUGGCGACCACUGGCGUCGCAUGCGGAGGAUAAUGACAGUUCCAUUUGUCACUCACAAAGUUGUCAAGCAUGCCCACUUUGCUUGGGAAGACGAGGUGGACCACUGCAUUAGGGACGUGGAGGCUCGAUCGGAGUCAGCAACCACAGGAGUUGUCCUUCGGCACCGGUUCCAGCUGAUGAUGUACAACAUCAUGUACAGAAUGAUGUUCAACUCUCGGUUUGCAGACGAGCACGACCCGUUGUAUUUGAAGCUGAAAGGCUUGAAUAGCGAACGCUGCCGUUUGCCAGCUCAAAACUCUAAGUACAACUACGCUGAUUUUAUUCCUAUCUUGCGGCCAUUCCUGAGAGGUUACUUGAAGGUGUGCCAGGAUGUGCGAGACAGACGGCUCACGUUGUUCAAAGAGCGCUUCGUUGAUGAGCGGAGGAAGCUGGUGAAUGCUGUUGGGGCUGCAGGUGCCGGAGAAAAGUGCGCCAUAGACCAUAUCCUGGAGGCUCAAAAGAAGGGAGAGAUCAGCGAGAACAAUGUACUUUACCUUAUUGAAAAUAUUAAUAUAGCAGCAAUAGAAUCAACUUUGCUAUCAAUCGAGUGGGGUGUAGCUGAGCUUGUAAACCACCCAGAGGUCCAAAAACGAGUCCAGAAGGAGCUGGACGAAGUUCUCGGUGACGGUCACUUGGUUUCUGAACCUGACAUACACAGUGGCAAGCUGCCGUUUCUCACUGCUGUUGUCAAGGAGACCCUGAGGUUGCACAUGCCCAUUCCUCUACUUGUUCCUCACAUGAACGUGAAGCAGGCUAAGAUUUUCGGUUACGACAUACCCCCGGAGAGCAAGAUUCUUGUCAAUGCCUGGUGGAUCGGUAACAAUCCCAAGUUUUGGGAUCAACCAGAGAGGUUCAUGCCCGAGAGAUUCUUGUCAGCGACCUCAGAAGCUACGACUGUAGAUUUCCGCUUCCUUCCUUUCGGUGCCGGAAGAAGGUCGUGCCCAGGUUCUGCUAUUGCCGUGCCUUUGUUGGCUAUUGUGCUGGGGCGCCUUGUACAAAAAAUUGACCUUCUUCCCCCUCCUGGGAUGACCAAAGUUGACGUUACCGAGUCUGGAGGCCAGUUCAGCCUCCACAUGGCCACGCAUUCCACUGUUGUCACAAGGCCGAGAGCCUAGGAUAUCCUCUGUACACAAAGAAGAAAUUCAAAAUACAUGUCUAUUAACCUGUACAGAAAUUUUCUAGGAAUUCCCCAGCCUGUGCAGCUGAAAGAGGCAGCAUCGUGAAAUACAAAUGUAGAAAUUUACCAUUGAAGAGCAGACGCCGUAGUUAACACCCCUUCCCUCUAGAGUCUCGCAUUGCUGUUACGUGAGCUGUAGCAGGUAAGGUGGAAGGAAAGUCUGCUGGACCUGCAAUUUGAGAUAUGCAGAAUUCUUGAUGCAACAGGCCAACGAGCUAGAUUGUUGAGCAGGUUGUCGAGCAUCACAGUUCACAUCCUUCACCCUUUUGAACCAUGUAAAGCCCAAUGACACUGGUGUGCGUCAAAUUGAUUUCUGGCGCAAUAAAAAUGACGAGCUCGUGAGCUGACAAUCUUGCUGAUUCUGGCACAUUCCGCUGGCUCAUCCAACACCAGGAACUCUAGCCAAGCGAACCAUGAAGAUGACCUCGCUAGUCUCAUCACUACUACUCUCAUUAUCAAGCUCGAACUCCACCUCAGUAUGGAGAGUAAUUCAUGAUCUGAGACAUGCCCAGCAACAACACACUACCGGUGUGGUACUCUCUCUUUCUCUCAGUCCUGCCAUAUGCCUUGCAUAAGACUGAAAAACUCUGCACUGAAGUCCAGUUUUGGUAACACUGAACCUGGAACUCUUGACUGGCAUUGACGAAUGUUCUAGAACCUUGCCCACAAACCGUUUUCAGAACAGUCACUAGUCAACAAAUUGUAUUGAAAUCUCUAGAGAGCAGAACCCUUGUGCCUACAGAUCAGGUAACCCAGUGUCAAAUCUGAAGAGUCUUCAUGUGAUUUUGCAGCAGUGAGAGCUGUUUGGCAGUUGCUGUUGUCCUCCAACUGGGCUUGAAACUGAAAGCAAUCAUGCUAGACUUGCUUGUGUGAGUGUACUUGUGUGUGUUUGUGUUUAAGCACAUCUUUAUCAAUAUGAGUGUGUUCGUUCACCUGGGCAA